AUGCGCUGUGUCCCCCGGACACAGCGGAUCACCGAUCACGGAAAGAGCCGAAGAUGUUGGCUCGGUCAUGUGAUCAUCUGUGUCCAAUCACAGCUGAUCACAUGGGACAUGUACACUGAUCAUCAGGGCACUGAUGAUCAGUGUGCCCUGAUGAUCAGUGUAGCCCCAGCAGUGCCAGCUGUCAGUGUCCAUCAGUGUUACAUCAAUGCCACAUAUCAGUGCCUACCAGUGCUCAUCAAUGCCACAUAUCAGUGCCCAUCUGAGCUGCCUUUCAGUGUCACCCAUCAGUGCCAGUCAGUGCCACCUAUCAAUGCCAAUCAGUGCCACCUAUCAGUGCUGCCAAUCAGUGCCACCUAUUAGUGCCAGUCAGUGCCGCCUAUCAGUGCCAUGUAUCAGGGCUGCCUUUCAGUGCCCAUCAGUGAUGCAUGUCAAUGCCCAUCAGUGCCAUCUAUCAGUGCUGCCAAUCAGUGCCACCUAUCAGUGCCAGUCAGUGCCGCCUAUCAGUGCGCAUCAGUGCCGUCUAUCAGUGCCAGUCAGUGCUGCAGUGCGCCUAUCAGUGCGCAUCAGUGCUGCCUAUCAGUGCCAGUCAGUGCCGCCUAUCAGUGCGCAUCAG